GCAGGUGUCCGCGAGCCCUAUUGGCGCUGAUCGACCUGCCUCUCUGAAUCUUCGGAUCCUGGCUUGGGCGUUUGUGGUGUGCGGCGGUGACCAUCCACUGGCACAGCAGGUUGAUAUGUAUCGCGGCAAGCCCGGGGUUGAGCUCGACCAGUUGUACCACGCUGACUAUUGUCACGCAUUCACGGGCUUGAGCAAGCCAACAGCGGAGACGGACAAGUUGAGCAGCAGAGAUCGCAGAUACGCCCGAUGCAUCUAACUCAUCGGGCCCUCCGUCCCAGAUUGGUAGGCACCGAGGAAGCGCCCCGGUCUUUUCGCAGGUCGGCCGCUCCUGCUCUUUGGCAUCUACUAUUUGUCUCUUCUGACAUAUUUCUCCCCUUGCACUUUGGCGUUGCGACACAGGCCUUCAGAAUGUCACUCCCAGAGACUCUAGUACGGUUGCAUCCUCGUGAAGAAGACAUUUCCUCAUCGCAGCCAUCAACCUCCGCACUUCCUCUCACCCACUCUGCCGCCGGUCGUGUAUCCGGCAAGCCAUGGAAACAACCCAAAACAGCGACAGUCCGUACGCUGCUCCCAGACGGCCUAAAGUCUAAGAGCUGGGAAGAUCGCAUGCAAAAGACACAAAAGGAGAAGGCCAUCAAGAAAUUGCAGGCCGAGCUUAGCGAGGAGAAAAGGGCCGAGAAGGAGCGUCGGAAACAGAUCACCGUGGAGCGCAAGAAAGCUGCGGAGGAGCGCCGUAGACUGGAGGAGGACAAAGCGAAGUGGGCGCACGGAAGGCUGCACGCAUGCGCCGCAAGGCUGGUCGUACCAAGAAGAUCAAUCAUUGACACACCCCUGUGUCAACACGACGUGGACGGGGUCUUCGUGCCCUGCAUCAUGUCAUGGCUGUGGUCGUCGAGUUUGAAAUGCACCUCGCUAUGCAUCGUCAGUUGUUCUGCCUGCUUGGGAGUGUCGCGAGAUGGAGAGGUGCAUGGAUGGAAUGGUUCCCGGGGAUUGGCGGCGUUUAGUGCUGGAACGGCAUGUUUUACGGACCAAACCUACGAUGGUACGCCACGAAAGCCGGACCAGUAUACUACUAAGUACUGUACGCGACCGCUGUAGGAUGGUUACGCUGCCAAGACAGUAUGUCAAGGGAUGCAGACAACUAUCUAAUCGGGCUAUUGCUCUGCCUGCAGCCAGUGCCUAGUAGAAUCCUUGGAACUGACAACGGACUAACAUGUGCUCUUG